GCUGCGUCUCCCUUUCCACCUGUGCCCAGGAGCAUGGGGAACUGAGCCCAGAGAGAGCUCUUCUUCAGUGCUGUCCCUCUGAACCCAAGUGGAUGGGAGUGAGAUUUGAGGGCAUGCCCUGCCACCUCCCGAGGGUAAGGCCGGUGCUAACCCACUGCCUUGCCUGAGCUGUCUCAGCAGCUGUUAGAGGCCAGGCCAGAACUGUACCACACUCCGCAUUCCAGGACCCAGAGGCUGAGAAGCCGAACCUCUGGAGGCUUGAGGAGGCUGUGCUGGGCAGGAAGGGAAUGAAGCGGGAGAACCUCAAAGUCCAGCCAGCUAGGGACUGACACCAAUAGAUGAGUGAGGAGCUGGCUGAAAAGGGGACGAGAUGAAGACGGAGACAGCACUGCGCUCAGCCCUGGGCUCUGAUAGUGGCCUGCACACCUAUGACCUCGUGGUUGUGGUCAUCUACUUUGUCUUCGUCAUUGCCGUGGGGAUCUGGGCAUCAAUCCGUGCAAGCCGAGGGACCAUUGGUGGCUAUUUCCUGGCAGGCAGGUCCAUGAGUUGGUGGCCGAUUGGCGCAUCGCUGAUGUCCAGCAACGUGGGCAGUGGCUUGUUCAUUGGCCUGGCUGGCACAGGGGCUGCCGGGGGCCUUGCUGUGGGCGGCUUCGAGUGGAACGCAACCUUCCUGCUUGUGGCCCUUGGCUGGAUCUUUGUCCCUGUGUACAUUGCAGCUGGUGUGGUCACUAUGCCAGAGUACCUGAAGAAGCGAUUUGGCGGCCAAAGAAUCCAGGUGUACAUGUCUGUGCUGUCUCUCAUCCUCUACAUCUUCACCAAGAUAUCGACUGACAUCUUCUCUGGAGCCCUCUUCAUCCAGAUGGCUUUGGGCUGGAACCUCUACCUCUCCACAGCUAUCCUGCUGGUGGUGACAGCCAUCUACACCAUCACAGGGGGUCUCAUGGCCGUGAUCUACACAGACGCUCUGCAGACGGUGAUCAUGGUCGGGGGAGCCCUGGUCCUCAUGUUUCUAGGCUUUCAGAAGGUGGGCUGGUACCCGGGCCUGCAGCAGCUAUAUAGGCAGGCCUUCCCUAAUGCCACAGUCCCCAAUACCACUUGUCACCUUCCACGCCCAGAUGCCUUCCACCUGCUUCGUGAUCCUGUGAGCGGGGAUAUCCCUUGGCCAGGGCUCAUUUUUGGGCUCACAGUACUGGCCACCUGGUGUUGGUGCACAGAUCAGGUCAUCGUGCAGAGGUCUCUGUCUGCCAAAAAUCUGUCCCAUGCCAAGGGAGGCUCGGUGCUGGGGGGGUACCUGAAGCUCCUCCCUAUGUUCUUCAUUGUCAUGCCGGGCAUGAUCAGCAGGGCACUGUACCCAGAUGAGGUUGGCUGUGUGGAUCCUGAGGUCUGCCAAAGAGUCUGUGGGGUCCGAGUGGGGUGCUCCAACAUCGCCUAUCCCAAGCUGGUCAUGGCUCUCAUGCCCAUUGGUCUGCGGGGCCUGAUGAUCGCGGUGAUCAUGGCUGCGCUCAUGAGCUCCCUCACCUCCAUCUUCAACAGCAGCAGCACGCUAUUCACGAUCGACGUGUGGCAGCGCUUCCGCCGGAGGGCCACCGAGCAGGAGCUGAUGGUGGUGGGCAGAGUGUUCGUGGUGUUCCUGGUGGGCGUCAGCAUUCUCUGGAUCCCCAUCAUCCAGAGCUCCAGCAGUGGGCAGCUCUUCGACUACAUCCAGUCUGUCACUAGCUACCUGGCGCCGCCCAUCACUGCCCUCUUCCUGCUGGCCAUCUUCUGCAGGAGGAUCACGGAGCCUGGAGCCUUUUGGGGCCUCAUGUUUGGCCUAGGAGUGGGCCUUCUACGAAUGAUCCUGGAGUUUUCAUACCCAGCCCCAGCUUGUGGAGAGGUGGACCGAAGACCAGCUGUGCUGAAGGACUUCCACUAUCUGUACUUUGCCCUCCUCCUGUGUGGGCUCACUGCCAUCGUCAUUGUCACCGUUAGCCUCUGUACAACACCCAUCCCUGAGGAGAAGCUCACUCGCCUGACCUGGUGGACACGGAAGUGCUCUGCCUGUCAGCUGGAGGAGGCCUGGGAGAGCCAGAGUGAGAAGGAGAGUGGGCCGGGGAGGUCUGAGAGGCCAGCCUGGGAGAGCCCCUCAGGACAGGUCACCACUGGGAACUGCAGCCAGGGCUCAGAGCAGCCCAGAGCCCCAUCCUCCUGCAGAUCUUGGGGAGAGCUGCUCUGGGGAUGGCUCUGUGGGCUCUCUGCAGCCCCAGGACCUGACCUGAGCCAAGCUGAGAAGGCUGCUCUGCAGGAGAAGCUGACCAGCCUCGAGGAGGAGCCGUUUUGGAGAAGAGUCUGCAACAUCAACGCCCUCCUCUUACUGACCAUCAACAUCUUCCUCUGGGGCUAUUUUGCAUGACUGAACUGGUCUGAUUUCUGCCAAGAUGAGCUAAACACAGCCCAAGCCCGGCCGCAUGCAGAGACAGGCUCUCUUGCUACCCUUCUCCAAACUGGAGCCCAAAGAAGCUGAGCAAGGAAGAGGUCCUGAGAUCAUUUAACCUGACACACUCCGUGAGUGAGCAUUCAAGGCCCAGAGACAGCACUGGGGCUGCCCAAGGCCAAAGACCAGCGUCAUCCUGUGUCUCCCAACCCCAGCUCCUGUUCCAUCAUCCUGCCUUACAUUCCUACCUCAAGGAUGGCUUCCACCUCUUCUUGAGUUUACUCAGGAAUCUUUACUAUAUAUAUGUCUUGAGGUUAGAAAAAUGAUAAAGAAAAGGAAAAAUUUGCAAAACUCAAAGUAUAUCUUUUUCCUCCAUAUCUUUCCUCCUCUUUCCUCACACUAGCUACCCAGACUCCCUGUCUCUAAUUUCCAGCCCCCAGUAAUCUUUCUGAAACAUGAAUCUACCAAGGACAGCCUUACAGUUCCAUUGGUGGCUCUACAGUCAGGGCUGCCUCGUCAACCAGAGUGAGGGGCUGAGGGAGGAGUUAAAGUAUGAUGGCAGAUGCUAUUUAGGCCAGUGAGCUUUUGGACAGUGAGCUUUUGGACUCGUGCACACUAUUCAAGUCUUUCCUCCUCCUACCUGCAAAAACCAAGUCUCCAUGGCCUUGGGGAACUUAAGAGUGCAGUUGGAGAGCCAUGGCUUGUUGAAAGCAAGAGGAAUCAAAGCCUUAAGAGUCAGCCCUACAGGGACAGCGGGGCAGCUUCAGAGCUACAGCAAGGGACUCUUCGCCUCUUUCUGCCUUCCAAGCCUCUGCCACCCUGGAAUACAAUGUAGCUCAUUUGAGUAUAUCUUGCCAGGAAGCCUUCCAAUGUCCCCAACUGGGUCAGGGUACCACCGCUGCUCCCACUGCCCCAUCGAUCAGCUUCUAUCAAGGCACUGGUCACACUAUCGAUCAUGUUGUUUCCCCCUCGAUGGUAUACUGCAAGGGACAGGCACCAACUCCUGUGUCCAACUUGACUCCCCCCCCCCCAAGUAAUAA